AUGAUUUCGGCAAAUGCAUCUUGGAUAUUUCAUUCAAAUCCAAAAUUGGCUACUUAUCAUUGGACAUCAGCGGGUUGUGAAAUAACAAAUGAAGACGGUAGUUUUUCAUUCAAAAAUCCGCAUCAAAAUUUUGUACAAUUUUCAAUAGAUAAACAAGCGCAUCCAAAACGACAUGUCAUAUAUGCAUUAAUUUCUAUGAUAUUAUUUUUUCCUACUGGUAAAGUAUUAGAGCACUUUAUUAUGCUUCGAAAUCUUGGAAAUGUGAAACUAAUGGUCAAUAUGAACGAGCAUUGA